AAAAUACAUCACAACAGAAGGACGAAAAUGUCGGAGACGGAAAACGGCCAAAAACUCGCGAUAAAUGCGCUAAACAAACAAAAACGCCAGCGGAAACGGUCCGAAAUCCAAUCUGAAUCAAAGGGGAAGUGGGACUUAGCCUCAGAGACAGAUGUUGCUUUUCCACCACGGACGGGAAAAUAGUAGAAAACAUGGCCCAGAGCCAGCGGUUAUUGAUGAUCCGUGGAGGCGAAAUCACCGUUAAGCAACUGGCGAACUAAAACCAAAAGAAAUAUUAAACAAAUUAUGAACAGCAGUGCGAUUGUGGGGCAAUAAAAUUGGCCAUAAAGAACACACAGUUGAUACCGUGCCCAGUGAUAAAAGAAGGAAAAACUAUUAUUUGACAAACUGUCAGCGGAGUCAGUGAAAAGUGAAAUAGUGAACGUUUGCAGAAAAAAAUCCGAGGAGUGGAACAUUUCCCAGACUCCACACAUUGCGUAUACGCCGCGUUGCCAGAACCGUAGCUCUCGAGAAGGUGUUAAAUGCGUUCGCAUAUCGCUGCCGGAGCCCUGGCUCCCCCCACCACAGCCCCCCUUGGAUCCGCCGGUGUAAGCCAGUGAAAGCCAGCGAAAGUGCCGAGCAGUGCAUUAUUUCCGCGCAACCGAACAUUUUCGCGCUCGCACCCCGGCGCGAGGGGAUGCGCUCCUGGAAAACUCGCAGUCGAUCCGAAAUGCAAGCACUCGAAACGAGAACGCGGUCCCAGCCGGGAGCCCAACUAACGCAGCUCCUGCUUGGUGGCAUCCUCUGCCUGACAAUCGCAUCGCUCACACAGACGUCGGCAGAGGCGGCCAGAGGAGGAGGAGGAGGAGGAGGAGAGGCAUCUGGAACGGCAGCGUCAUCGGCAGCAUCCACGGCCAUCAGUUCCGAUGAGAACGGCGACCCAUCAUCGGCGACCGCAUUCGCCAGUCUGGCUCAAGUGUCCUCGCUCCUGCCGGAGGCAUCCGCCUUUUCGGCGACGGCGGGCCUCGUGGAGCCGUAUCUGGAUGGCUAUGCCACCUCGAAUGUGACCACUCAGAUCGGGACACACGCGUAUCUGCCCUGUCGGGUCAAGCAGCUGGGCAACAAAUCGGUGUCCUGGAUCCGACUGCGGGAUGGACACAUCUUGACCGUUGACAGAGCCGUCUUCAUUGCCGACCAGCGAUUCCUGGCUAUUAAGCAGCCGGAAAAGUACUGGACACUGCAGAUCAAGUACGUCCAGGCUCGCGACGCUGGAUCCUACGAGUGCCAGGUGUCCACGGAGCCAAAAGUCAGUGCGCGUGUCCAGCUGCAAGUUGUGGUUCCCCGCACAGAGAUCCUGGGCGAGCCGGACCGCUAUGUGAAGGCAGGCAGCAACGUGGUGCUCCGCUGCAUCGUCCGCGGCGCCCUGGAGCCGCCCACUUUCAUCAUGUGGUACCACGGCGCCGAGCAACUGGCGGCCGACUCCCGCCGCCAUCGCACGCAGCUGGAUCCUAACCUGCCGGAGGCCUCCGGCGAAGGCCAGAGCACGAUUGGCUCAUUAAUCAUCGAGUCGGCCAAGAAGCGCGAUACUGGCAAUUACACAUGUAGCCCGUCGAAUAGCCCCAGUGCGACCGUAACGCUGAACAUAAUAAAUGGCGAAUCAUCGGCCUCGGCGGUCACCUCGUCGGCAGCCACCACCCGGGCCUAUGCCCUCAGCAUCCUGGCCCUCCUAUUCGGCGUCAUCAUCAUCGGAGUGGGCCAUCGCACAUGACAUGUCACGGCUCCCAAGCCGAACUGAAGGCCAGGACAGCAGCAGCUACUACUCGGUAGUGAGGAGAAGAUGGGGAACCCACAACUCUGCCAACGGAUAAAGUAUAAAACCAAAUAAAUUUGAUAGACACCCACACACACAUAGCGGAAGAGGAGGCGAAAUGGAGUAAACGUAAUAAUCGAGUGCAUGUUGUAAGCUAGUUGAUUUUAUCCACUAACUAAUAACCAAUACGUAUAGAGGAUAAGUCCAUAAUCCCCGGAUUACCGCUGGCAGUUUCGAGACCCAAGACCAGAGACCCUAACCCCCGAACCUUGAACCCUGCACCCCUAAACCCUGGCCCCUAACCCCAGCUAAUUGUAAGUUCUACCGGCUCUAAGCAAACUAGCUUGUAAGCCCCUAGUCUUAGGCAGACUCCUACUAACUGAUUUCUGUUGUGCCGUUCUUGUUUUGGUUUUUCGGUUGAGGUUCGUUUUCGGUUUCGGGGAGCUUUGUUUUGUGGCAAAUACCGAGAAAGUUUGCAUAAAUGCAUAACCGUAAAUAUUUAUGCAGUCCGAUGUGAAAUUGCAUCGAUAUCCUGAACCCAUUCGGGCCGCAUGAGUGAGUCGGGGAGUGUGGCGGGGCGCAGGAGGAGCAAUUGCCAUCAAACGAACGCAUUUUUGAAAAACAGAAAAAAAAAAACCAAAUCAACUCGAAUGCAUUUGCAUGGCAAUUGGAGUCUGGAACAACAUUUGCCGUCUCCUUCCUAUGUGAACUUUUCAAUUAGGCAAAUCUCUGGCACUCCUCGCACUCCUCUUGCUCUACGGAUGCCCAGGCAGUUGUUGAAUAUUUAUUAUUUGUAGCAAAUACUACUAGAGUUCGUUUCGAGAUAGAACUUUCCUCUCUUCAAAUUGUAUACCCAGGAAUAGGCCGUCCCAAGGAUCAGAGGAGUCUAUAUGCUUUUCGAGGAGUUUAUUUAACAUUAUCCAUCUAUUACACACGGCACCACGCCCACAACCACAACUAUGAACUGUCCGAUAUGUGUGGGACAACGUAAACAUUUGCAUAGCCAAUUUAUGGAACUCUAUUUUAUGUGCUCUUAUCUCACGAACAAGCUCGAAACAUGCGGGAAAAAGCAAAGUGCAUAAAAUAAAUAAUUGCAUGGGGUGGAAAAAAUUAUAGCAAAUACAUAGGCAUUGAUCGAAAUGGACAGCCGACACAGAAUGUAACAGAAAACAAUGCGAAACAAAAAGCAAAAACAAUUUAAUUGAUAACGAAAGUAAAUUUAUUGUGUGAAGCGGCGGACUGACUCGCGAACUGUAUAUAACUCUAUUGCGAAACUGUUCGACAAAAUUGUAAAUUAAUUGAAUAUACAAAUAAUAUAAAUGGCAGAUCCCAAGCAGAGAAGUAUUCCAAACACUAAUGAAUUGCAUUUAAACGAUACAAAUAAAUAAAUAUAUAUAAAUGAAUAAAUAAAUAAAUAAAUACACAACAGACAAGGAAAACAAAGGCAGUCAAAGAAACAAGUGAAAUGAAAUCAAACGGACAAAAUGUAAACAUCGUGUGCGGCCCGAACCCGCAGGCCCGGCUCGUAUUUAUUUAUCCACUUAACGUCCUUUUUAAUUACACACACUCACACAUGUACACACACAUCCUGCAGCUCCGGCAAAUCCCAUAAAAAUCGUCUGAAAUUAAUUAAAGUUGUCUCUGCUCUCGGUCUCUGGCUUUGCGUGGAAAUGGAGGCUGCUGCAGCGUCAACUUAAUUGCAAUUAGGUGCAUGCCACGCACAGGCACUCGCUCCCCCACUCCGACUGAAACAAUGCCAUCAAAGCGGCAUUAAUUAUGUGCGAUUGUCCCAAGGUGGCCGCCAUCUGUCACACCCCGCGUAUACUUGAUGUGUUCGCGCCUUUCGGCGUUUAACGAAUUGAUCCCUGAGCCCCUGAAGCCCGAGCUAACCGCAAGCAGCUGUGAGGUGAGCAAACACACACUUUGCCACUGGGCGAGACGGAGAGCCGCGGAAAUAAAUAUCUGCGGUCAAUAUUCGAGGCGGUGGGUUUAUUUAACCGGGGAUUCCUUCCACGGCUGUGGACAAUUAACACAUUCCCGCUUGCAUGCAUCAAAUGCUUGCGGUCUGCGGCUAACCGCCUUUGAAUCACCCAACCUCACCCCUCUCCCCCACUUCAUGCGCAUUAAAACUUAACUUUUAGCCUUUAAUUUUCCCGCCAAAAAGCCACCCAACGACCAGUUGGACACCACACACACACGAAACAUACCAUAAAACUGAAUGUUGAACAAUGAAAGUUUGUUAGAUUUAAGCGGUAUAUAUAUGACCACAGAAAGUACUAUAAAAAUCAAAAUCAAAAUACAUUUCUAAGCUCUUAAGUGUUUUUCAUCAGCUCGAUUAACGUAUAGCUCGGCAUACAUACGUGUAAUUUUCCACACCCCCCAACUAAUUGUAAAUAAAAAAUCGCAGAAGCCCCCUCCAAGUCGGGGAAUACAUUUUAAAGACAGUGUACUCAUGAUAUAGCAAAGUUUACUGUUAAGUACCGACUAAUAACGAACGAGAAUACUUACACAUACAUAUGUAAACGAAACUAAGAACUAUGUGAACUUUAAC